CGCGGCAGUGGCGGACGUAUUACGGGUGUGUUUCCCUGCCGCGUUGGAGAACGCACGUGACUGGCGCAAAGGGCAGAAGACAAUUUUACGUAAGCUGUACUUCCGAACGACAUUACGACGAUGUAUAAUACCAAGAUUGUGUACCAUGGCGUUUUGUUGCUGCUCGCAGCAGUAACCAGUACAGAUUCGACAAAAUGCUCCCGAAUCAUAGAAGGCACCACAGCACCUCGCUCCAAUGCCAUAGGCAAAUAUGAUUUCUUCCUGACGCUUUUCAACAGGACUGACAAAGUGUACGCCUAUAUGCCGAACACCCGAUAUAACGUGGUUCUGAAGGCUGUUACUUCCGACCAGAUGCACCGGAAGUUUACGAAAUUCCUCAUAUCAAUCGAGGUCGAAAACGCGAAUGAUACCGUUGAUGUCGGCAUUUUCGAUCUUCAGGACGAUAUGAUGACCAAGUUCGCGGAUAAUUGUGCGAACACUAUCGUGGAGACAUCCAAGGUGCAGAAAGAAAACAUUUCUGUUGUUUGGACUAGUCCUGCCGAAGGUAGCGGUUGCAUCCUUCUCAGAGCGACAGUAUUAGAGACAAUAGAUACAUGGUAUAUGGAUGACCCAAAUUUAAAUAUAAAUAUAUGCCAAGAUUCGAAAGUGGAAGCCGAUGAUCAGGGCCCGAUUCUUCCAGAAUGUUGUGCUUGCGACGAGGCAAAAUUCGAAGUGACGUUCGAAGGCCUCUGGUCUCGAAAUACACACCCGAACCAUUUUCCUAGCAAAGGUUGGCUGAUUCGAUUUUCAGAUGUAAUCGGCGCAUCGCACACUUACGAUUACAGAUUCUUUCGUUACCAUGGCAUGGCUAGUAUUGGACUACAACAAGUGGCAGAGUUUGGUGCAACACGGAGGUUAGAAUCCGAGUUAAAGGAUCAGAGCGAACAAAUCAGAACUAUAAUAAAAGCAAGAGGCAUCAGUUAUCCGAAUGUCACUGGCAAGACCUUUGCUGUAUUUCGUGUUGAUAGAAAGCAUCAUUUAAUGUCUUUAGUUUCUAUGAUUGAUCCGUCCCCUGAUUGGUUUGUGGGAGUUUCUGGACUCGAACUUUGUCUGCCUAAUUGUUCCUGGAUAGAACAUAAGCAGUUAAAUCUGUAUCCAUUCGAUGCUGGCACUGACGACGGAAUUACAUACGUGUCGCCCGAUUCGCCGACGGAUCCACAAAUUCCGAUUCACCGUAUCACAUCAACGUAUCCGAAUGAUUCGAGAUCACCUUUUUACGAUCCGUCUGGUGUAGACAUGAAACCUUUCGCGAAGCUUUAUCUCAACAGACAGAGAUUAUACGAGAAGACCUGCGAUGACUCCGAUGAUACGCUAACUGAUACAGAAGCCUGUGAAGUAUCUCCUUGGGGCGAGUGGAGCGAAUGUUCGGUCACCUGCGGCAAAGGCAUCAAACUGAGACAACGUCAUUUUCGCAACGAAGCUUCGGCUAUUGCGAACAAAUGCAGCACGUCUCUCACAAGUCGAAGAACUUGCUACAGUACACAAAACCCGUAUUGCGUCAACAACGGUCGUGACGACGGACUAUUGGAGAGCGAAAAGUGCGAGUUAACCCAGUGGACUCCGUGGAGUCCAUGCUCAUCGAGCUGUAGCGACGGUAUCAAAAACCGUUCCAGAAACUUCCGGCAGAAAAAGUAUCGAAAGCAAUGCAGAGCCGCGGCAAAUUCGCCGCAACUCCAGCAAACCAUCAAUUGCGAAAAUCAACCUUGCGAUGGCGAAGACACGGAGGAGGUAAGGCAACGAUUCAAUCAUUUGGACAACGAUGAUGAGGACGAGGAUUAUACCGGUGAGAUGGCGGACGGGAACGGACAGGAAUGGCUGCAGACUUGUCCUGCCGAUCGCUACACAGAAUGGUCCACAUGGUCGCUGUGCACUACUAGUUGCGGACCCGGCAUCAAGAUAAGAUCCAGGCAAUUAUUGUAUCCAGACGAGUUGGAUAAGGACGACGAGAAGUGCAAGAUGCAAAUGCUACCAUGCAUAGCCGAAAUUUCGAGCUGUAAUUACACAAGAGAAGAGGCAGAAAAGAUUUGUAGCGAACCUCUGCAGAAGGGAAAUUGUAAUGGGAACGAAUUACGAACCUACUUCGACAAACAGACGGGUCGCUGUCGUUAUUUCUUCUACACUGGAUGCGGCGCUAAUCGAAACAAUUUCCCAAACGAGCAAGAUUGUUAUAAAGUUUGCCAUAAUUUUCAAAGAGAGUUGAGGGCAAAUAUGUCGACAAUUAUGAAAAACUUGAAGGUGUCUCUUAGUAGCGUCCUCAGCUAUCAUAUUCCCGUUCAGGAGCAACGCAGCACGAAAGCGAAGAGAGCGCAACACGAAAAGGAGAACUUUAAAGGCAUUCAAGCGAGCAGUCAGAUAAUGGAAUCAAAUGAAAAUGGCAAAGUGGACUGUCAGGCCACCGAAUGGAGUAAAUGGACCCGUUGUGAUAACUGUCGUGGAUACACUAUGAGUACCAGAACAAUUGUGAUUUCAGCCGCGAAUGGAGGUAAAAGCUGUCCAAAGAAAAUACUUCGAAAAAAGAAAUGCCAUAAGAUUCCGCCCUGUUCUCUACAGGGUGAUGGAACAGGUCGGCGAUUUCAUAGAGACAAAAAUACUGGAACCGAUUACGAGAUUACAGUGAAUUGUAAAGUGACACCGUGGUCAACGUGGUCAAAGUGUAGUGCAACCUGCGACGAGGGAUUACGAAGCAGAGUCAGAAGUAUAAUGGUGAAACCGAGAGGAGCCUGGGCCAAACUCUGUCCAACUUUGGUGGAAUCCAAGAAGUGCCGCAAGAUGGAUUGUCCGCAAUAGAUGAGCGUAACGUUUCCACAAUCUUAUAGCUAUAGUUAAUCGAUAGCGAUUUGCACAGCGGUGCGUUCUGUUUCGAACGUUGGAAUUUAUAUAACUAGACUGAUUAUGAGACACUCCCUCUUAGAUGUCACGCGGUUGAAAUCUCGGAGCGUAUUUAGAAAUAGAGGUAGCGAAGCUAUAUCAGAGAAUAAGAAUAACACUGGACGACACAACUUUAUCGGACGUUCACUUGAGAUGUUCGUCGUUUUCAUAGCGAAGAUAGAGAUAAAAUUCUACGAGAUAAAAAUUAGGGAAACAGCGAAUGACAUGGCAAAGUAUAUAUUUCAUUUGAUAAUAAAGUUAAAGAUAUUUUAGAUUCUAAAGUUAGUUUAGUUUAAUAUACGUUUAUUUUACAAUACAAUUAUCUUAUUUGAUUUACAAAUUUAAUUUCCUGAGG